UUCCUACAUGUUCCUUUCUCUUCUCUUUCUUCAUACCCGUCUUAGAUGGAGUGUACAUUUUGCACAUAUGUGUCUCUGGGAUGCUCCCCUUCCAGCUCUUGGGACGUUUUCUUCUUGUGUUUUAUUGUGAAUGUAACUUAUUUGGAAUGACGAUAUCGAUAAAAAACGCGUUGAAGUUGAUGGGAAUGAAAUACAUGCGAUCAACCAGCGGCACAGCGAAGGUGGCGAGCGACCAGCGUCUCCACAGCGGCAUCCGUUUGGACAAUUGCCCACACCCCGACAGCCCAUUUUCCAACGAGCAGACAGACAGACAAGCCUUGGGACCCAUCACCACCCACCGCUCGUAACGUGUCUUCUUGUUCGGCCAACGCGCGAAAGAGGCUCUGUGAGACAAGAACCUUCCUUCGCCCACGCCGACUUUCCCGCCCAAAGACGGGCAGACCGCCACUUACGCACGCGCAGAUAAAACCAUACGCGCCCUUUC